UGUGUGGUAACACGCGCCCUGCUCAUUUGAAAGGCAAACACCGCCGGGCUCGCGCGCGGGGGCAGAUAGCAGCGGAUCUGUCGGCGGGAGAUAGUGAAAGCAUCACCGAGGGGCUCCCGGUGAGAGGCUGGGAAGGAAAGCGACUUUCUGGCGGACAGCCCCCUUUCACCGCAGAGGUCGGGGACAAAUCCACCGCUGCACUCCAGCCUCAGUGUCGCUCCGCUCAUCUAUGCUCUGCUGCGGGUUUUCUUUACGGUGAUACGCGAUGAAAUAAUGAGGAAAAACAUCUGGGCGCGGCUCUCUGGAGACAACGAAGAAGAGAAAGGCUUUGCCGUGGCGGAGGUCGUACGCUUUUUGCCUUCUGUAUUUCCUUGCUGAUGAUUGUCGUGGACAUUUUGGAAUUUCUUUAAUGUUCCGUUUGAUUACCUCGCACAAAUAAUUACGGCCACUUUCACUUAUGUUUUGGCAUGAAUUUCCUUAACCUGGAGUUUCUUUUAGACACGAAUAGUUCUGAGUGUGAAAACAUUUGUAAACGUUGAAGAACUUGAGGGUAAAAUGUGCGCACUGGGCCAGCUUCGAGUUGCUCUUUAAGUGGGGAGCGUUAGCCAAUUCUUGCUAGCAUUAGCCGAAGUCCAUUCGACUCCCCCGAAGAAUUAAGGUGACGCCAGCUCGUGCUCGGCUGUUUUCCCGUUUUCUUGGAUAACCACGCAUUUUCUACAAUCUGGACACAAUUGAAUAAAAUUCGGCGUCAAUUAAGAUAAAGUUUGUUGGAUCUACCAUCCACUGGAAUCCUGGCACUUAAGUCAUAAAUGACAAGUGCCUGAGGAUGUCCAAGCGGAGUUUUUUUGUUCGGCUGGUGCCGUGCCGCUGCCUGCGCGGUGAGGAGGAGGUGGUUACAUCGCUGGACUACUCCCAUUGCAGCCUGGAGACUGUUCCUAAGGAGAUUUUCAGCUUUGAGAAGACCCUGCAGGAACUGUACCUCGAUGCCAAUCAGAUCGAGGAACUCCCUAAACAACUGUUCAACUGUCAGUUACUCAACCGACUGAGCGUGCCAGAUAAUGACCUUGCAGUGUUGCCGGCAGCCAUCGCAAACCUCAUCAAUCUCAGGGAGCUUGAUGUCAGCAAAAACGGUAUCCAAGAGUUUCCAGAUAGCAUCAAGAACUGCAAAGGCCUUACAAUUGUUGAGGCUAGUGUGAACCGCAUGCCAAAGCUCCCAGAAGGCUUCACGCUGCUCCUGAACCUGACACAGCUCUACCUGAACGACGGCUACCUGGAGUUCCUACCAGCCAGCUUCGGCAGGUUGGCCAAGCUGCAGAUCCUGGAGCUGAGGGAAAACCAGUUACAGAAUCUGCCAAAGAGCAUGCAGAAGCUCACGCAGCUGGAGAGGCUGGACCUGGGGAGUAAUGAGUUCACUGAAGUGCCUGAGGUGUUGGAGCACCUGUCUGGAAUCAAGGAACUGUGGAUGGACGGGAACAAGCUGACGGUUUUACCUGCGAUGGUGGGGAAGCUAAAAAAUCUGGAAUAUCUGGACAUGUCAAAGAACAACCUGGAAAUGGUGGACGAGCAAAUCAGCGGCUGUGAGAACCUGCAGGACCUCCUCCUCUCCAAUAACGCCCUCACACAGCUCCCCGCCUCCAUCGGCUCACUGAAGAAACUGACGGCGCUGAAAGUGGAUGAAAACCAGCUGAUGUUUUUGCCAGACUCCGUUGGAGGGCUGACCGCUAUCGAUGAGCUGGACUGCAGUUUUAAUGAAAUCGAAGCCUUGCCCUCCUCCAUCGGCCAGUGGGUUGCCAUCCGAACCUUUGCAGCCGAUCACAAUUUCCUGACUGAGCUUCCCCCUGAGAUGGGCAACUGGAAGAACUUAACCGUGCUGUUCCUACACUCCAACAAGUUGGAGUCUUUGCCUGAGGAGAUGGGCGACAUGCAGAAACUCAAAGUCAUCAAUCUGAGCAACAACAAGUUGAAGAAUCUUCCGUACAGCUUCACCAAACUCAGCGAGAUGACUGCAAUGUGGCUCUCUGAAAACCAGUCCAAACCCCUCAUCCCUCUGCAGAAAGACGAGGACCCGAAGACCCACAAAGUAACCCUCACCAACUACAUGUUCCCGCAGCAGACCAGGACGGAUGAGUACGUCCCCAACUCUGAUUCCGAGAGCUUCAAUCCGGCGCUCUGGGAGGAGCAGCGAAAGCAGCGAGCUCAGGUGGCCUUCGAGUGCGACGAAGACAAGGAUGAGAGAGAAGCCCCCCCGAGGGAGGGAAACCUGAAACGAUAUCCGACGCCAUACCCAGACGAGCUGAAGAACAUGGUAAAGACAGCACAGUCGGUGGCUCACAGGCUGAGUGAGUCCAGUGACGACUCGGGGAAGGCACCAGCCGAGCGGAACCACAUCGGAGUGCAGGAUGUCGGCGUGAAGGUCAUUGAGGCCCCCUGUCCCAAUGGCGUAGCAUCAGACACCGAACCCCCGGUUUCGACCAGCACCGAAGCGCAGAAUCCUUCUGCAGAGGACUCAAAAGACAUUUCUGAAUCUGUUAGUUCACAGAAAGCUCAGAUGAAGUCUUCAGAGGCCUCCACGAUGAACCACGAGGACACUCUGGAGUAUCCCGAGGAGCUAACGGAUGAAGAGGUGGACAUGAGAAUCGCAGAGAUGAGGCCGCCUCUCAUUGAGAUUUCCAUCAACCAGCCUAAAGUGGUGACUUUAAGUAAAGACAAAAAAGAUGAUGGGAAAGAUGCCGACUCCUUGCUGGAUGACACUGUUGCCAACAGCAACCAGAACAACAGCAACUGUUCAUCCCCGUCCCGUAUGUCCGACUCCGUCUCUCUGACCACGGACAGCAGUCAGGACAACUCUCUGUGCACGCCUGAGAGGGAGGCCAGGAUGCCAUUCCUGCCUAGAAGCCGGGAAGAAGAUGAGAACAUGAACCCGCCCAGGGACACCACCCCUCUCCUCCACAAUGGCAACGGCUCGGAGACGUCCCUCCCCUCCCUCCUGAGGACCCAGCCGCCGCUGCCGGACUACGAUCUGUGCAUGGAGAACAGGCUGGCGUACAGCAAGUGGGACCAGAUCAACAUGAACGUGACCAAGCUGCCGAGCUACGACGCGUACCAUCUGGAAGGGCCGGACAAGGCCAAGAACGGCCCGAUACCCCAGGGGGACCUGAACGGCCAGCAGUACGCGGAUCACAUCCAGAAUGGGAAUCAGAACGGAAGUGAGGGCGUGGGGGGGCAGAGGGCGGAGACCUCCUCAGUACAUGCCGCCACCUCGGCCGCGGGCAGCGAGCUGUCUCUGUCCCGCAGCACGGAGGAGCUGUCUCCAGAGAAAAGGUCCUACCUGCCGCAGGUGAUGAAGUCGCACAGCAUCAGCAACAUAGAAGCAGGAGGCAUGAAGCUGUACUCCUUGGAUGGAGAUGAAGAUGGAGCUGUGAUGGGCAGAAUGGUGGGGGUGGGCCCAGGAGCGGGGGCUCAGGCCCAGAGCAUCGUGAGGAGCAAAUCAGCCAGCCAGCUACUCAACGACCAGCCUCUCCACGUCUACAACAGCUCCUCCACGUCCUCCUCAGACCUGCUGUCCUCCUCCAUGCCUCCUGCCACCAGCGGCAGGUAUCCCGCUUCCUCCAGCGUCGGAGCUCCGCCCCCUCAGUACAACAUCCAGUACACAAGCAGUGCCAUGCCAAAGGAGAACAUGUGGGCUCAGAGGUCACCGGCUCCUCCGGAGCAACAGGGCUACUUCUCCCAUCCACCACACUCGCUCGCCAACACCAACUUCUCAAACCGAAACCAGGCGCCCCAGUACCCCCUGCAGCUGCAGCAGCAGAAGGGGCCCCCAAUGGCCCCCAAAGGCGACUGGACCAAGGAAAGACUUUAUCCUGCUGGCGGCCAGGUGAGGAGCAGCACUCUGCAGAGGCAAAGCAGCGGCGCCUCCGCCGCCUCCAUCGGCGAGAUGAGGCGCAUGCAGCCGGCCGAGGGGGAGUACAUGACGUACAGGGACAUUCACGCGCCCCCCAGAGGCCCCCUGGCCAUGGCGGCACAGAGGCCCUUCUCAGCCCGCACCUACAGCAUCGACGGUCAUGGAGCGUCCAGGCCCGUCAGCGCCAGGCCACUCCCACACGAGCUCUCAGAGCGGACCAUGUCUGUGAGCGAUUUCAACUACCAGCAAAUCAGCCCCAGCAAGCGGCCCAACGCCAGGGUCAAGUCCGAGCACUCGCUGCUGGACGGGCCGGGCCCGGGAAGAGUCCCCGCAGACUGGAGAGACCAGGUGAUGCGGCACAUCGAGGCCAAGAAGAUCGAAAAGAAUGCUCUGUCUCGCUCCUAUCAUUUCAAUAACUUCCCACUGAGCUGGUCUCAGGACGGAAACUAUAGGGACAUGCAUGCCAGCCAAGGCUCCCUGGUGUUUAGUGGCAGGGAUGGACAGCCCUACCUGAGCUUCUGUGAUGAUGGUUUUCCUCUCCAGGGUGGGCAAAGCUACACCAUGGACCCACACAGAAAAGUGCCUUUGAUGAACGGCCAGAUGGGCCCGUCGGUUCGAGCUCCAACCUCCAUGGGCCGCCACCCGUCCAGAGAGCAGCUCAUCGACUACCUGAUGCUGAAAGUCUCUCAACCCCAGGCGCCUCCCCGUUACCCCCACGACACGCGGCAGCAGGAGAUCCGUGUGAAAGUGGAGAAGAAUCCAGAGCUGGGUUUCAGUAUUUCAGGUGGAGUAGGAGGCCGGGGAAACCCCUUUCGUCCUGAUGAUAAUGGCAUUUUUGUGACAAGGGUUCAACCUGAGGGCCCAGCUUCAAAAGUCCUUCAGCCUGGAGACAAAAUCCUUCAGGCUAACGGAUACAGCUUUGUGAAUAUCGAUCACGGGAUCGCCGUUUCCCUCCUGAAAACAUUUCCAACCACUGUGGAUUUAUUGAUCGUACGGGAAGUGCAAGCAUAGACUUGAGCGGAUCGUGGGUGGAUGGGGGCGGGGGGUCGACAUUCGCAUUUUUUGUACACACAAAAGACUCGUCCGGCACCUUUUGGGACUAUUCAAAGUGGAGACGCGCAGACGUCUCUGUGGAACCGAUCUAACGGGAGAAACCACUGCGUGAAGUGGAUCUAAGCGCGAACGCAGCAAACACCUGCGAGCACGAGUCCUCAGAAGGCCGUCACUGUGGUGUAUAUAAAUAUAUAUACAUAUAUAUUUUUUAUACAAAGAAGCUGAAGAUAUGACAUGCUCUGAUGCAAAGACUCAACUGUGGUCUCUGUACAGAUCAUACUUUUUAUCCAAAACCACAUUUUUAUUUUUAUUUUUGACAUCAGAUGGAUUUGAUGCUGACCACUAGGGGGCAGAGCUCCCUUGAUUCUCCUCCAGUUUGCCUUUUUUUUUUUCUUCAGUUUUGAGGAGUGGAAACAAGUUUCUGGUUUGUCCGGCAGCCUCUUCUGGAGGACUGUGUCACGUCAUCGGUGUGGAGGAGACGAAUGUAGAUCAUGGAGGCGUUUUGGUUCUGUGGAAAUCCUGCGGCGCGCCUGAGCCUCGCUUCAGCUCCAAGAACACACCUGGACGUCAAACCCGUCCGAUGUAGCAGAGGGUUGGGGAAGCUUUUACCAUCCCUCCCAGCAAAACAAGUUUUUUCCACACACAAAAAAAAAAGAAAUUGGUAAAGCUGUGAAAGUGAAGGUAAGAGGUUGAUUGGUUAGGAAAGACAUCUGAGGGAUAUAUUUUCCGUAAGUGACUGGCAGUUUUUCUUUUUUUUUGCAUGGGAAGAGACCACAGGUUGCCUUUUUUAAUUUUUCGUCUCGAAAAAGUGUGAUCACGCCUCACUUCUUGAGCAGCUUUUUUGUUUUCCUGUCGCCGCACAGAACCGUUGGGAGACGCAAAGUGCCAUAGACCUCGAACUGUUCUAACCGGGGAGGACGCUUGACCCCCUACGACCCGAGCAAUACUCGCAUUUCCACAGUACGUCAGCAGCAGAGAGCAAUACUUAAAAAAAACCUUUAUUUUAAUUCACACAUGAUUUUUAAACAAACCCUGAUAAUUUUACAUGAAUUUAUACUGUGAAAUUACUCCUUUUUUUUGGUAACGAAAUGGCACAUGAUCAUGUAAAGUAGUGCUUUAAAGGUAAAUCUAAACAUGUCGACACGUUCACCGAUUGUUGUCGAGUGCCGGAUGUGUUGUGUAACUUUGGGAUGAAAUGCAAACGCUGAGCUGCUUUUGGAUUGGCUGAGACAAACCAGCAGGAUCGGCUUCGACUGGCCGGGCUUUGAUUGGGUGGGGCUCGUUUCCGAUCCUCUUGUUUUUUUUCGUAGCUAGUUCAAAAUCCAGCAGCGCAUCUUGCUCCCGUUGUUCAAUAUAAACGGAGCAGACUUAAUCCAAAGCAGAUUAUGUCUUCUGCUUUUUUUUAAGCCACUGUCAAAUCGAACUAAAAACACUGUGGAGAUUCUUUUUAACAUUUUGUUUUUAGAGUUGUGGAAAGGGAGCUGGUUUAAAUGAAGUGUGGCGAAUGACAAAUAUCCAGAGCAAAUGACAGGAUGUGCAUUUUUACACUGAAGAAACGUUAUUUUUCAUGUCAUGUUCCGAUUAGUUUUAACUUUUUAAGACUAGGGAGAUUCAUUUCUGGGUUUACAGUCACUUUAUAUUCAUGACAGUUAAAAAACAAACAAAAAACUGUCUGAUUAUUUUAGACAAUUACGGGAGAUAAAAUAUUCUGUUAAAUGUUCCACAUUGGUUUGCUUCUUAAGCCCCCACUUUGUAUUUAUUUAGCAGACGUAUGUGGGUAUUAGACCUUACUAAUCAAAUUGUAAAUACUCUUUUUUUUUUUUUUUUUUUUAAUGAAAAAAAUGAAGUGUCAAAUAUGGCAUUAGUGACUUGCGAUUGUAAAAGCAGCAAUAAAUUGCAAAGCAGGGGCGCCAAAUUCAAUGUAAAGCUAGAGUUUUUAAGGUUUCUGCGGAAACGGUCACAAUGAAAUGAUUGGUUCAAGUUUACCCAACAUUCCAGAUUUUGUACAGAAGUAUCCGUUUCAAAAAUAACCUGUGGGAAAUAAACUAAUUCUGUUUAACAGUGA